AUGCAAUUGUGGAAGCACAGUUUCACAGGCAAGACCUUGGUCUUCGCCGUCACAGCCGCGUCAUGUCAGGCCUUUCUUCUGCUGGGCUAUGAUCAAGGUGUGAUGGGAGGAAUCAUUGGAGCCAACAACAAGUUUGGAGUCGAUUUCAAUCACCCCGAUGCUGAUAUGCAAGGCAACAUCACUGCCUUGUACGAUAUUGGCUGCGUUGUUGGCUCCAUCAUCACCUAUUUCAUCGGGGAGAGAAUGGGGCGACGCACCUUACUCAUCCUAGGCGGCUCCAUCAUGAUAAUCGGCACAGCUAUCCUGGCAUCAUCGUAUACCAUCGCUCAAUUGAUCGUGGGCCGCAUCGUCACCGGUAUUGGAAACGGCAUGAACAGUUCGACAGCACCUGUUUAUCUAUCCGAAUGUUCACCUGCCUCUCACCGUGGUUUACUCAACACAUUUCAGGGCACAGUCACCAUCCUUGGAGUCGUUAUCUCGUAUUGGCUGGACUAUGGCCUCAACUUCUCCGAUUCCAGCAUCCAGUGGCGUUUCCCGUUGGCCUUCCAAGCCGUCUUUGCGAUCUUUCUCGUCCUUCAAGUCAUUGGGUUACCCGAGACCCCUCGGUGGCUAGUCCAACACGAUCGGUUCGAAGACGCUCGCACGACCGUGGCGGCUCUAUUGGGCACAAGUCAAGAAGAUGAAAGAGUGACUCGCAUUCUGCUUGAUAUCAGAAGCGUGGUCGAGGAAGAAUACAAAGGCGGGCCAUUCAGAUUCGUCGAGCUAUUUUCCAUUGACAAGACACAGAACUUGAGAAGACUCCUUCUGACAAUCUCUAUUCAAGCCGGCCAGCAAUUUUCUGGUUCGAAUAUGAUCAAUUACUAUGCACCUGUCAUUUACCAAAAUGAAAUGAAUUUGUCGCGAAAUCUGUCGCUUAUCUUGGGGGGAUGCACCGAGGUCACAUACCUCGUUGGCUCAGCUCUACCACUAUUCGUCAUGGAUCGGUUCGGCCGACGGAUCUUGCUCAUGAUCUCAUCUGCGGGCCUAUGCUUCUGUUUGGUCAUGGUAUCGAUUCUGCUCUCUAUCCGAUCCAAGGGCACCGCUUAUGCCGCGACUGCUCAUAUAUUCCUCUAUCAGCUAUGCUAUGGGGUAGGCUGGCUCCCCGUGCCUUGGUUUUAUCCGUCUGAAAUCAACACGACGAGAUUCCGGGCGCGCGUCCAGGCAAUCUCCAGCGCAUUCAACUGGAUGUUUGUGUUCGUCGUUGUCAAAAUAACACCUAUCAGUUUUGAGAAUAUUGGGUGGAAGACAUUUGUCAUCUUCGCCGUACUCAAUUUCUUCUUCAUUCCUAUGGUUUAUUGUUUUUACCCGGAGACCAAAGGGCUGGAAUUGGAGGACAUUCCAUUGCUUUUCGACAAAGGUGGAAUUACAGGUGGCGUGUUCACUUCAAGGGGCAGGACGGUUGUACCGCAUCAGCACGCGACAGAAGCCAAUAUUUCUGGCAAGAUGGAUGCCGGUGUGGAGGAGAUUGAAGAUAAGGCAUAG